CCAGGUCGUCCGACCCGAUCGUUUUGAUCCCUACUUAAAACUCUAACCCUAACUCCAAAUGCCAUUCUCUUCUUCUACUGCGGCCGCUUAUUCUUCCCCUCUCCCAACCAGAGUGAAAUCCUAGCAAAAAAAUCCAAAGAAGAGAAGAUGAGUAAAGGAACAGUAGCAGGUGCCAAGGGUGGCAAGAAGAAGAUAUCAACAUACACAAUCGAUUGUGCAAAACCAGUUGAAGAUAAGAUUAUGGAUAUUGCUUCCCUUGAGAAGUUUCUUCAAGAGAGAAUCAAAGUUGGUGGUAAAGCUGGUGCUCUUGGUGAUGUUGUUACUAUCACUCGUGAGAAGAACAAAAUCUCUGUUACCGCUGAUAGUAACUUCUCUAAGAGGUAUUUGAAGUAUUUGACAAAGAAGUACUUGAAGAAGCACAAUGUUCGUGACUGGCUUCGGGUGAUCGCAUCCAACAAAGACAGGAAUAUUUACGAGCUUAGGUACUUCAACAUUGCCGAGAAUGAGGGAGAGGAUGAAGAGUGAAGGCUGCAUCUCGUUAUAUAUUAUCUGUUUUUUGGUUUGUUGAAAUUUUAGACAAGGUGAAGUUUACUCUUAUUUAGAAGGGCCAGGGCCAUCAGUGUUUCAGACACUUCAGAUUUUGAUGUCAGCUAAAUUUUUUGUUGAUUACUAUUAGGGGUCACUUUAUUAUUAUUCCUCCUAUGAAGUUUGGUAAUUGAUUGAUUAGCUUUUGACUUCUUCCGAGUAAUUAAUUAAUGCUUCCCUCAUAACGUAAUCAUAG